AUGGGCAUGUUUUUGGUCUUGCUGGCGCAGAUGUUUGGGGCUAGUAUGAAUGUGAUGACGCAGAUUUUGGAGAUUCAUAGUUCGAUGCAUCCGUUUCAGGUCCUCUUCGCCCGCAUGUCCAUCACAGCUGUCGCCAGCUACUUCUACAUGUGGUACGCCAAAGUCCCCGCCCCCUUUGGCACCCGUCCCGUCCGCAAACUCCUGCUCCUCCGCGCUACCUUCGGGUUCCUCGGCGUCUAUGGGCUCUACUAUUCCGUACAAUACCUCCCCCUCUCCGAGGCAACGGUGAUCACCUUCCUCGCGCCCAUCCUCACCUGCUACGCCUGUUCGCUGCUCAUCCCCGGCGAGACUUUCUCGCGGCGGCAGCAACUAGCCGCGAUCGUCUCGCUGGCUGGUGUAGUUCUCAUCGCGCAACCAUUUUCGAAGCGUGAUGGCGCGGGAACACGCACGGGUGAUAAUGCGGGUACCGCGGCUGAGGACGAGAGUCCCGGUGACGCGGACGCGUUCCACCACGUUCUGGCGACGGUGGUCGCGUCCGUGGGCGUGCUGGGUGCGUCUGGCGCGUAUACUACGAUCCGGAUGAUCGGACGACGGGCGCACCCGCUCGUCUCGGUGACUUAUUUCUCCAGCGUGACGACGGUGAUCUCGUUAGUGGCCAUGGUCGCGGUGCCAUGGGUGCCAUUCCGCCUGCCGUCCACCGUGACCGAGUGGACGCUCUUGACCGGGUUAGGAGUGUGCGGGUUCCUGCUGCAGUUCUUGCUCACGGCGGGACUGAGUUAUGUGCCCCCGGCCAGUGUGCGAGUCGCGGGGGCCAAGGCGAGCCAGGGGUCCAAGGCGACGAAUAUGGUGUAUAUGCAGAUGCUGUUUGCCUUGUUCUAUGACAAGGUUGUGUGGGGGGAGUACGUUGUCGCCGGUGAGCUGGGCGGGGAGCCGCGUCGGGGGGAGACGAAGCCCAAAGUGGAGGGUGAAGGAGGGGAAGGUGAAGAGGAUCGGCGAUUCAAGGACCGGGAUGACGAGGAGGCGGAGGGUGUGGCUGCACGGGCUGCACGGGAAGGAGACUAA